UUCUUUUUAUGGCCCUGAGGAAGAAACUUGGGGACAGUUUAAUCUUCAGCUGGAGAAGCAAAAACGACAACAAAUGGGGAGAGGCAGUGAAAAUGUACUACUACAGCAGCAGCAGCAGCUCGAAGAAGAUGGACAUGAAGAUGCUUCGGUCGAUGUUACAGAAGAGAAUUCAAAGGAGGGCAAACGAUUUCCCAAUCAUGGCAUUGAUUCCUGUUGCCGAGGAAGUCCUUCGUUCCAGGAAAAUCCUCUUCCAUGGCGUCUCCACUCUCCUCAAAUUCUUCCCCGUUUUGGCCUGCAAGUUCUGUCCUGAAGUGUACAUUGGCGAGGAGGGCCACUUAAUUCAAACUUGCCAUGGCUAUAGACGUAGGUCCAAAAAUAAAGUACAUCAAUGGAUCGUUGGUGGUUUGAAUGAUAUACUAGUUCCUGUGGUGGCAUUUCACCUACAAGACAUGUUCCAGGAUGUCAUUAAACACCACGAGAGGUUUGACCUGGAACGUGUUUCUGCAGUUGUGGAGCUCUGCUGGCAAGCAGGUGCUGCUCCAAGUGAUGAAGACUUGUACCCCACCACCACCAUUGCCACCAUUACCACAAACUUGGAUGGUAACUCAGUUGCUUCUGAUAGAAUCGAGUCUCUUUCACCUCAAGAACUGCAAUCGGUAGCCAAAACCACAUUGGACGCGUGGGAGACGCUCAGAAGUGGCGUGCAGAGGUUGCUGCUGGCUUAUCCAGCUAAAGUCUGCAAAUAUUGUUCUGAAGUUCAUGUUGGUCCUUCCGGACACUUGGCUAGGAACUGCGGUAUGUUCAAGUUUGAGAGUUGGAGAGGAACCCACUUUUGGGAGAAAGCAAAGGUGGAUGAUUUGGUGCCUCGGAAGAUUGUGUGGCGACGCAGGCCUCAUGAUCCUCCCGUGCUUUUGGAAAAAGGGAGGGACUUCUAUGGACACGCCCCGGCCCUAGUGGAUCUGUGCACAAAGGCUGGUAUAGUUGCCCCUGUAAAGUACAAUUGUAUGAUGAAGAUUCAAGGCUUAUCUACACCUGCAAAAUUGAACUUUUGAAGGCAUAUUUAUAGGUGGUUAAGCUAAACUUGUUUCAAAGAAGUUGAUUUAAUAGAGAGAUGAGAGUUACUUAUACCUGAUUCAUUUGGUUCAAAUUUUGUAAUUAAUAUCUUAACCAUAGUUUGUAUUGCGCUUCGCAUGAAUCCUUAAG